AUGAAUCUAAGCACGUCUAAAGUCUUGGAUGGUGUCGAGACAGACGUUGCCAUAAACUACUACGCCGACAGAGUUCUCAUCCUGGUCACACAGCUCGGCAAAGUGGGCAGUCUGAUUCAAGCAUCUAUUCCGGCGACUGUCCCAUUACUCGCACCGUCAUCGACAGUCGACGGGAUGCCCCUCAUCGAGCCUCCAGCGGCUGUCGAGCUCACAACACUUUUUGGCAGUGCGCCAUCAGGUCGCAUCGCUACGCUACACUCGUUGUAUGCAACUCACAUCGCGACCCUUGUGUGGACGAUGAACAGCACAGACAAGGCCGCGGAUAACGGUGAUCGGCGAAACAUCAUAGUGGGCCUGGCACUGAAAAAACAAGUGGACGAUCGAGGGGACAGUGCAGUGCUAAGCGAGCGCGAGCAAGCAAUAUUCAGAGGAGUGAUAAAAACGAUCGUCGAACUCGUGCAAGGUACAGACACCAGGCCUACAUAG